AUGGCUCCUGGGUCUACCGCUAGCCUGUAUUCGCACAGCGGAAGUCAUCCUCCGAAAUCCCCGUCGCCUUCUGCUUCGCAACAGCAUCAUCGCCGGGGGUACCAGGCUUGCGAUCCGUGCCGCAAGCGCAAGGUGAAAUGUGAUCUGGGCAGUAUGAUUUUCUUUCCCUUGCUAUUUUUAUUUUUAUCUUAUUUUUUCUUUUACGACAAUGUAACCAAUGCUAAUAUCUUUAUCGCAAAAACAGGCGUCGAUAACCCCCGCCCCCCUCCCUGCGUACGAUGUCGUCGCGAAAGCAAACGAUGCGAAUUCUCUGCCACCCGGCGCAAGCGCAAACCUUCCGAGGUAGACGAGAGCGUAGAUGGAGUACUCCGACGGGAUAAACGGAUGAUGGUCGGGGAUACAGCGGAUGAUUCGUCCUCACGGAAUGCUUCUCCAUACCCGCAUGUCGAGCAGCAGCAGCAGCAGCAGCAACAGCCCACGACGUUCGAUGCGGAGGCCGGUCAUUCUCCGCAGAAGUGGUCUGAGGGGCCUUCUUCGACAUCGGUUGGUCAUAGAUAUCCCCAGGUCAAUGCGCCCAAUCAGCCGGCUGCGACUGCUACCGCGACCGCGACUGCGACUGCGGGGCAAUUUCAGGGCACUAGGAACCACCUCUGUCCACCUGUCUAUCCGAUCGGAGAGAGAACUGCUGGGGCUAGUUAUGGUCUUGAGGGAGGACCGCCUAUGAUGAAUCGCACUGCUGUUGAACUGCUGUCGCCUGCUAUCAGUAACAGUCAUGAUGCGCUACACCUUUUAUCUGAAGCAGCGGGGAGGACUGAGGAUUUGAAUCGUCAGAGCUUGGAGAAUCGAUAUGCUGCUCGACAAUCGGCCUCGUCGUUUAGCUCGCCCAUGUCGCCAAUGACCCAGGGUGGUACGCCGCGGAGUGCUGGGGGAUCUUUCGCGAGAACACCCCGGACCGGGGCUAUGGGGAACUAUUAUCAACCUGUUGCUUCCGGUCCCGUGGAUGCACAGAUAUCUGGUGGUCGUGGACAGGCUGAUAGUGCAGGCACAUUUCAGGAUCCAGGGUUUGUGGAUGCCGUCAAGGCGUGGUCGCGGUUACGGUUUGUUCGUGCUGGAUGGCUUACGGUUGAAGAGGCUAUGGCUUAUGUUGCAUACUACUACGAGCAUCUCGCACCGUUGAGUCCGAUUGUCAUUCCCGAUUUCUCUCAACCCUCGACUCAUCGUACACUACUCACUGAUGAGCCUGUGUUGGCCGUUACGAUGCUUACCACAGCUUCGAGACAUAUGAAACCAAAAGGAGAUGGGUCGUACACGCGCUCUUUUUACAUCCAUGACAGGCUCUGGUCGUAUCUUCGCGGUAUGAUCGAACGUCUUUUCUGGGGACAGGAAAAGUUUGGUGGACAUGGCAUUGGUAGCGGGCCCCGGGCAUUUAACUUCACUUCCGCGUCGAAAAUGAAUCAGAAAGGGAACCUGAGGUCUCUAGGGACUGUGGAAGCCUUGCUGUUGCUCACGGAUUGGCAUCCAAGGAAUCUACACUUCCCACCUGGUGACGAUGAGAAUGCGCUUUUAGACCUGGACGCCCAGGCGCACAGCCGGUCCGAUAAGGAAUUUUUAGAUAACGAUGGCGAACCAAUCAACCGAACCUCAACCACUAACGCUGGCGAAGGACGACUUGCAUUCCAGACAUGGCUGGAGCCAGCCUGGCGCUCAGAUCGAAUGUCCUGGAUGCUACUAAGCACAGCACAAGCCCUAGCCUUCGAACUAGGCGUCUUCGAUCAAAAAAGCGAAUCCAAAAUCGCCAAUGAAUCACCAAUAGAACAGACUCGAAAAAGACGCCUUCGCCGUCUUAUCCUCGUAUACAUCUCUCAGAGCAGCGGCCGUUUAGGAAUUCCCUCCAUGCUUCCACUUCCGCAAUGGGCGAAUGACAUCCAGCCAACAUCGCCAGCAGACGAGAAAGGAGGGGAUACAAAUAUUGACCGGAUGCAGGAUUCUUGGAUUGGGAUCUCGAAAAUCAUGUAUCAGGCGAAUCAGCUGUUGUUUGCGUCGAAUGAGCAGACUUCGGAGUUGAUUCGUAGUGGACGGUAUCGAGAUCAGAUUGAUCGGUUCCAGCCGUUUUUUAGGGAGUGGAAGCAUAACAUUGAUACGAUUAAACUUGUUCCUGCGAUGCGACAUAUUCUGAUGAUUGAGUACGAGUAUACUCGUGUGUAUGUAAAUUCGUUGGCCCUCCAAGCUGUGGUAGAUCGCUGGACAACAAUGUCGAACGAAGCUGCGCAGAACCAAAAAGGACUUCCAACUGGUAACACAUGGUUUGGUGUCUUGAUGGAACUCUACCGUGUAAAUGAGCAAUACAUCCAAGAAGUCGUGGACGCCUCUCGUCGGAUUCUCCAGAUUGUCCUUGACGGACUCGUACCAGGAGACCAUCUCAAACACACACCUGUGCGAUCCUGUUUUCGAAUCCUCUCCGGCAUGAUCUUCAUUCUCAAGACAUUCACCCUCGGCGCAAAAGAAGACGACGUACGAGUAUCACUAGAUCUGCAAGACCGUGUUGUCGAAGCAAUGCGUACCUGCGUCGUCGACGACGUCCACCUGAACCAUGCCAUUUCGCGACUUCUAGAACUCCUCACAACAAGCAUCCGUACCCGCUUCCUGCGUUUCGCUCCGCUAGACCGCACAGGUGAUGGCGAGGGCAGCCAGAGUCAAGAACGUCCCUCAGCACCUAUCUCCCGUCAUCAAUCACCUCGCCGCGAAGCAUCCAGCAAUGCCUGGCCUUCCACCAAUCUAAACUUUAUGGACUCCAGCACCAACGCAGGCCCAAACACAACCAUGUCCUCCCUUCACGAUCCCUUAGCCGGCAUCCCAGCACAGCCCAUCAACUCUUCAAAUAUCAACGUCUCCUUCAUGCCCCCGCCUCCAUCAGUGUACUACAACUACUACGAUGCCGCCUCCGGUGACCUUGAAGACUCGAAUAACGUCCCCGCUCACUCGAUGCAUGACAAUCCAAACGCAAACGCAAAUCCAAACGCAGCGCUACCGGAUUGGUUCGCUUUACCACUCGAUCAAUUCUUCAAUAGUUCGACUACGGUCGUCGAUCAGGGACUGGGCGGGACAGGCCCGAUGUUAGGGGAGUUUGAUAUGCUGGAAGUAUUACUUAAUGAGCAGCAUGAUGGGGGUGGAGAAGGUGUUGGUGUUGAUUCAGGAGGGGAUGGUCUAGGAGGGACGUCGCAUUUGAUGCAGUCGUGA